GCAAAAGAUACAAUUUGCUCACUUGUAAUAUUUUCUCUUCAUCAGAGAUCAUCACCUCCUGUGCAACCGAAGCUGCAGUCAUGAAGGUGCGAGCUCUCCUCACCGGUUUGCUGGUGAUCGCAUGCCUUCACACCCAUGCAGUGAGUGAAAGUGCAAAUAGGCCUGAUAUGUGCUGUUUCAAUUUUUAUGAGCAUAAAAUCCCCGUAAAUGUUAUUACCAAAUACGAGACAACGAGAUCUGAGUGUCCAAAAGCCGGAGUUAUUUUUACCACCAGGAAGCGGGCUCGUAUCUGCGCCGACCCUCAUCGUAACUGGGUGAAAGAGGCCAUGAAAAAGAACAUAGACCGUGGUUUCGAAAGUUCCACUUAAACUCACCUGCGUUGUUAAAUUAUGUUUAAUCUGAAAUUAGCUCAUGUUUUAUUACAUUUACUAUUAAUCUUCUUACAUCCACCUGGAGGCUUCUGCUUGGCCAAGGUUGUAAAAAACAGCUUUUUGGCAAAAAUCUUUGAACAUACAUUUUGGUACUGGAUGGAUGAGCCAUUAUAUGUCACAUUAAAAUGGUCUGGCUCUUUUUAUUACUGUUAUUUCAAUUAUUUUAAUAUAAAACGUAGUGUUUGUUAAAUAAAAGCAAAUAAAACCU